AUGGCGUCUUUUACCAAAGUCUGCAUUGACUGGUCGAACAACCUGAGGAAUUUCUGGACACCUAGACCUUCUUCUACUUCAUCGUCACCCCAGCUUCAGCCGUCGCCCACCGUAUCACCUAAUAAAAACCGACAAUCGCAGUUCACCAACCACCGGUCCACUGAAAGAGAUAUGAGUCGGGAUAACACCCAAGAAAGGAAUAGAACUGCCGGGCACGUAACAGCUAAAAUGACAGAUCGCAGCACAUCACUUCCUUCACCAAUCCCAUCGAGAAGAUGCAAGUUAAAUGGAAACACCAACAAAACAAUCGAAACGCUUCCCGCAGUAGCGGAUUACAUACACCGAGGGAUGUCUACAGAAAACCACAUCGACCAAAGACACCCUCAGCCAAGCGGCUCGGAAAGUCUCAUUCUGAUAAAUAAGGAGCCAAUUACUACCUGGCCCAUUAGCAAAUCCCCAUUCAAUAUGGUUUCCCCUAACAACGGAAUAAAAAACCCUUAUGAAAGCAAUGUGGCAAGCGGAAUUUCGUCCAGCACAAAAGCACCCGUUUUCGCAAUGCACCGAAGUACGAUGCACGUGAUUGAUCAUGAACGUGAGCGUAAUCCAAUAAAAUUGUCUCCUUCGUCCCCAACAGUAGCCCACCGAAUAGCUCAAUUGACACGCAGCUUUCACUUGAAUGCACACAGAGAGGCCAACGGUUCAUCCGCUAAAAACACAAUUGGUGUGGAUUAUUAUCACUGUAAUUCGGCAGGCUCAUCUCCUAUUUUCCCACAUCGUGGUAUAACGGUAGCUGCUAUAAAACAAAAGCUGUUGAGCCAGGGAAUGAAGAUGGACGUGAGCACACCAGUGAGCAAACACAAGAGUGUGCGCUUUCGUAAUUACGUGUGUAGAGUUGUCCGCGGACGACCAGCGGUGGUGAGUGGAUUAUGGAGAGACGAAAAGGUUAUGGAAGAGAUUCUGAAGCACUUAUCUGGAACACAACUGCUUCAUGUGUGUGUUGUGUGCAAGUGUUGGUUCCGUAUCAGCUGCAACCAUGGAUUCUGGGGUAAACUGGCCAUGAAGUUGGAUUUUAGUCACAAGCGCUUUCGCUCAUCUGUUCAAAAGGAAGUCAGGAAAAUGUAUGAAGAUAAUACACCCAAGUCUUUCACCACGCAAGACGAGCUCGACGGAGAAAUGAGAGAAAGGCUGGCGUCCGGUGUUCGGAGGCAAAUCCAGUCACUCUCUAUCACUCGGCUAGCCGAUUGCUACGUACCGGCGUUAUAUAAUGCAUUGGCUGAAUUACGACAGAAUGCCUCAUAUCCAGCUAAUGUAAACAACGUAAUGACAGCAACCUCGCCAUGCCACCGGUUCAGUCGGAAACAGUCCAGUAUUCAGCGGUCUAUCACAAUGCAUGCCCACGACACACCUACGUGUAAAUCACACACGAAAGCACAACCGGACGUCUAUCGACGGGUCAAUGCGUGUUCUCAAUGCACGCGGUCAUCAUACAUCCCAUUGUCAUCAACUCUGCUCCACGCUGAUGCGCCCAGCAAUUAUGGUCAGGGGCAAGUAAGAUGUGAAAAGUCAGGGUCGGAGUCACGAUUGUCUUCAAAAAACCAGGACACAUUUCACUUCCACAAAUUACACAGAAAGUCCAAGUUUUUCACACAUUUGGCCCUGCGUUUCUGCCCCAUAACAGAUAAUAGCUUGCAACUUAUUGUACACACAUUUCCAGGGCUUUACUCGCUACAUCUAGAGUGUUGUAACCGACUCACUGCAGCAGCGUUUUGGAACUGCUUACCUUACACCAUCGUGAAUUUGAGUAUUUUGGACUGCAUCAAUGUGACGGAUGACAGUGUGAGCGCAGUAGCACAGCUGCUACCUAACUUAAAGCAUUUUACCCUGCAGGCCUAUCACGUGACCGAUUCGGCCUUUAUUUACUUCAGACAGAGUAAACGGACAAAAAUGAAAACUGUGAAACUAACCCAAUGCAUGGUAUUGACCUGUCAAGGGGUGGAAAAUUUAUCCUUUGCCCUCCCGCAGUUGCAUACACUUAGUAUAAGUGGUUGUGCGAAUGUCCUGGACGAAGGUUUGGGGGCACUUUGUCGUCAUUUUCAACAGUUGGUUGAAUUGGAUUUGUCCUGGUGUUCAAAAAUAACGGACGAUGCACUAAAAUGCAUCGCAAGUGAACAGGUUGGGCUGAAGAAACUGGUGCUGGACAGAUGUGUGGCGUUAACGGAUUUUGGGAUCGGAUACCUGUCUACCCUGGCAAGGCUGGAACAUCUGAGUCUGCGAUGGUGUAGCAAACUCUCCGACGGAAUAGCACCCCACGUGCUCAGCAUGAUCAGUUUGACAUACUUGAGUCUGGCAGGUUGUAAGCGCAUAACCGAGGAAGGAUUAUACACACUUAUUCAGCACCCAAGCCUAAAGCGCCUAGAGCUGACACAUUGCCCAGCAGCGAAUGGACGGCUUAUGAAAAACCUGAAGGAAAUUUCGUGCGGUUUUUGCGUUUGGAAUUGAAUAUGGGUGCCUAAAUGCAUGCGAUGAUCACAGUCUCUGGACAAAACUCAGCCCAUAGGAACUUAUGGGAUUACCAAC